AUGGUUCUGCCAUUGUUCCAAGAGUGGAAGGAGAAACACCGCCUGUAUCCCGCCUUGGCUGAUGCUCCAACUGCGACUUCAUCUGGGACGCAAGAGCCCAAUCGAGUCUUGAUAGAGGAUUCAAACGAGGCGUCACAGCCAGAAACACCAGAUUCAGAGAUAUUCGAUCACUCUUGCUUCAGCGACACCGAGCUUGUUCCUACCCCUCUCACUGAAGCCGACUCAGUGAGAACUCCCAUCCAGGGUCCGACUUGCAUCCUUGAUAGUUCUAUACCAGACACUCCACCUGGGCCAGUUGAUCAGGCCCCCUCGUCCAUCGCAAAUAACGACAACUCUACCGUCAAUGCAAUCACAAAAGAUAUCUCGACUUUGUCUCUCAGCCAUGCCCGCUCGACCUCAGACAAGUUCCCUGUUGACAGCAAACCAUCCCAUGCAGAAAGUAUCCCAGAGGACGAUGAGGUUUCUUUUCAGGGAACAUCAGAGAGGCUGUCGAGAAAAGCCCCUGAGGAUGAAGAUGAAUCUUUCGACCACCCAAUUAAUAUCGAGGGUAUCGGCAUAGGGCGACUGUAUCGACAGGGGACUUUGAAGAGAGGCUCGCCUAUCCUAAAGGCUCUCACCACUCCCCCUACUUUCAACCAGCGGAAACAUGGCGUCGUAUAUGUUUUACAGCACACCAAGGACGAAAACGUCUUCAAAAUCGGAUACACCGCGUACAAUGCUGUCAAGAGACAGCAUCAGCCUAGAAAUUGCUAUGGGAAAAAUACCAAGGUCAUCUAUGAAUCCGAGACUGACUUUGCUGGCGCUAAUAAAGCCGAACUGCUGGCACAUGCAUUCCUUGGAAAUCACAAUCUCAAAGUUCCCGAGUGCGAGUCUUGUGGCGGAAGCCACAGGGAAUGGUACCAUGAUCGCACAGGCGACGUCCUCAUUGCCACGCUCAAGGUUAUGGAAGAUUUUGUUCGGUUGCCAGCUUAUGAGCUGAAGGCUGGCGAGAAAGAGGGCGGAGAAAUGGUGGUGUCGCAAGAGGCAGAAAGGAGAAUCAAGAGCAUGUUCGACAUUUCUGUCCAAGGGCUUCAAGGCUCUAUGACUACACAUAACAUGCCGGCCAGUAUUCAAAUGGAUUCGAGGGAAAGUGCCGAAGCUAGCGAUAUGACUACUACGCAGACUACUAUCCCUCAGGCCAAGGCUGAUAUCCCUCUCGAGUCAAUAGAGGCAGAGCCCUCAAAGAACUCAGAGCGGUUUACUGCCGCAAACCUGGGUCGUUUCGCGGGGACCACGAUGGGAAAACUUGAAAAACUGACACAGAGGGUUCGAGUCUCAUUUUCCAGAGAGGGUACGCCUGAGUCUAGCGAUUCUCGACAACCGCCAAGUGAGGGUGAGAACUUAUUUGUCACCUUUCUCUGGACCCUUGGAGGUGGCAAUUCCGAAGAUGCUGCUUCGAAGGAGGGUAAGGUUCCUCGGGGAUUAAACGCCCUUGUCCAAGCUGUAAUACAUAAAAAGGACAAGCUCAAGGAGGAGUUUGCGACAGGUGUACAAGAGGGUAAGGCGGCGAGCUAA